GUUCACAUAAGAAAGUGACAGGAUCGUUAAGGACUAUGAAGAAGGUUCUGGUGCUAGGUGCUGGGUAUGUUUCAGGACCACUGGUGGAGUACUUAACCCGUGACCAGUCCAUAUUUGUUACAGUUGGUUCGGCUCUACAGAACCAGGGUGAGGCUUUAAAACAGAAGAUGACAAACACAGAAUACGUAGUUCUAGAUGUUACCAAAGGAGAAGACAAACUUGAUCAUCUCAUUUGUGAAUCAAGCUUAGUAAUUAGCUUGCUUCCUUACUCAUUACACCCUCUGGUGGCAGAGAAGUGUAUCAAACACAAAGUCAACAUGGUGACGGCCAGUUACCUCACUCCAGAAAUGAAACAGUUACAUGAAGCGGCUGUGGAUGCUGGUGUCACAAUUGUGAAUGAAGUUGGUCUUGAUCCUGGAAUUGAUCACCUGUUGGCAAUGGAAUGCUUUGAUUAUGUUCAUCAGAAUGGUGGAAUUGUUACAUCUUUUGUGUCAUAUGCUGGUGGUCUUCCAGCACCAGAAAAUUCUGAUAACCCUCUCAGGUAUAAGUUCAGUUGGAAUCCAAAAGGUGUACUUAUGAACACUAUGGGAGCUGCGAAGUAUUUGGAAAAUGGUAAAGUAAGUACAGCAAAUUUGAAAUUUAUAAAAUAUUGA